AUGUCAAGCAACACAGAGUCAAACUUCAGGAAUGCUUUCAAGAACUUUGGUGCCCGCGGUGGUGUAGCAGCAGCAGACACCACCGCAUCAUCUUCUUCCGGUAGCGGAAGUCCCCUCAACAGAGCAUCCAGCUGGUUCGGAGGCGUCAGGAGUCAGGUCUCGGGAUACGUCCCUGUCUCCAUGGGCGGAGGUGCACAACCGCAAGAAGAAGACUGGCUUGGCCUCACAUGGUUCCAGCGCAUGGCAGGGUUUGCGAUCUGUGUUGCGGGAGGAUUGGCAUGCUUCAUGAUUGCCUUCUUUAUCGGAUUGCCCCUACUCGCGUUCAAUCCUAAAAAGUUUGCGACAAGCUUUACACUCGGAAGCAUUCUCCUCAUGGCCAGUUUUGCGCUGCUGAAGGGACCUGCGGCUCACCUGAAGGCUUUGAUUUCAAGGGAGAGAUUGCCGUUCACAGGAGCAUACCUCGGAUCCAUGAUCUUUGUCCUCUACUCCAGUCUCAUCCUUAACAGCUAUUUUCUCACAAUCAUUGGAACGGUGAUCGAAAUCUUCGCUCUGCUCUACUAUUUCACCUCAUACUCGCCCUUCAGCGGCGGAUCGAUCCGUCUCGGAUCACGUAUGGCUUCAGGACUUCUUCCCAUCUAA